AUGACCCCUGCCGCCACGUGUGGAGACAAAAGGCAGGUUGCAGAGGAUAACAAAGAUUUUACUCCGUAUUGGCUUAAGAAAUUCAAAAACUUCUUUGACAUCUUUGACGUCAAUAAGGACGGCAAUGUAACAAAGGAGGAGUACAUUGAUUUGUCGACAGAGCGAGCUGCACUGCCAUCCUGGAGAGUUAAGGCAGUCUAUGGUUUAAUGACCAUGGCCUAUAAGACCUGGUGGUCGAAUGAAUACACCGACUUUAAGACGUCUAUUGCAUUUGAGGAUUGGGUUCAGUCUAUUGAAAAUAUUUCCGGCUCUACCAGUGAUAUACAUGUAGUCUUCAAAUGGGCUAUGGAUUUUUUCCAUAUUGUUGACCUCGACUGCAGCGAGGACUUAACGCUUAGUGAGUACUCUAAAUUCAUUGAUAUAUAUCGCAGCACGGCGAAUAACAGGGCCGUUUUCCAUGCCAUUGACAGGGAUGGCGAUAACGUCAUUGAUGCUAAGGAGUUCAUCUAUGGGACAUAUCAUUUUUCCUACGACCAAGCUGCCAACUCCGCUGCAUAUAUUUUCGGCUCACGAGAUUGA